GCAAGCGUUGGGGCCCGCUAGCGCUUGGGUGCGUUUGCGUUUGCGUAUGCAAGCAGAAAAGCGUUAUAGGUUAGCGGCCCCAAACGCAAGCCGCAGUGAAGUCGCACGCGCUCGCAGCACCACCAACGUCUGGUCGUGACUGCGUUAUUGUUUUCAAAAAAAUAGAAUCACGCAUAUAAAGUCAAGUACAUUAAACUGUUUUUCAUAAAAGUAGUUAAUUUAUAUAAAAACGGUGUCUGUCGACACUAGGCAAAAGUUUAAAUGGUUAUCUACGUUCCUACGUUACGACUGAGGCCGAGCCGAAGCAAUCCAAAGAUACGUUCGGUAAACUGGUAAAUUAGUUUGGCGUCUCGUGCAGCCAAGCGCGGCCUCUUCCGUUUCGUACAGAAUCAUCCGUCUCGUAGAGCAUAGUCCUUUGUGGUUUGCGUUUUGUUUAUUUAGAGCCUCCUGCAAAUUUUGACAUGCCGCCGUGGCGACGAGAUCGUGCCGGUGUGCUCUGCGACCAGCUUCUUUACCUUGAUCUAUCGUGGACAGAGAUAGAGGAUUUGUUCCUCGCUCGCCGCGCGCCCAGAGAAAGGAAGAGGAAGUCGUCGACUGGUCUCGUGAACGCUGCGGCAAUGGAUGAGCAGUCUUUUCGGAGGCUGUUUCGAUUUGAGAAGGACGACCUUCCCCUGCUCAAGGAUGCCUUGCGCAUACCAGAAAUCCAGAGUAGCCAGGGAGUGAAGGUGACGGGAGAAGAAGCUCUCUUGAUGGGUCUGCGCAGACUGGCAUAUCCGAAUAGAUGGUGGGACUUGGAGCCCCUGUUCGGCCGUCAAGCGUCUGCAAUGUCGAGCAUUGUCGGCAUGCUAUUCAGUCACAUUGACAGCACCUUCGGGCAUCUGCUGGACGAUUUGAACAAUCACAGCUGGCUGCGCUUGAGUGAUCUGGAGGAGUUUUCCAAAGCUGUGUAUGAAAGAGGUGCUCCCCUGCACAAAUGUUGGGGCUUUGUGGAUGGCACGGCAAGGCCCAUUUGCCGCCCUUCAGUGAACCAGCGGCUAUAUUUUUCUGGUCAUAAAAGGCACCACGCUCUCAAGUACCAGGCGGUGAUGUGCGCUAAUGGGAUUGUGUGCCAGCUUGAUGGGCCAUAUGAAGGGCACAGGCAUGAUGCUGGUAUCCUGCGUGACAGUGGCCUUUACGACAAGUUAGAGAGACUAGUGCAGGGCAACUCGUACUGCAUCUACGGCGACCCUGCGUACCCUUUAUGCCCUCUCCUGAUGAGGCCUUAUGCUGUUGCUUCCCUCACUCGGCAGCAAGAGCUCUUCAAUAAGAGCAUGAGCACAGUUCGUCAAGCAGUGGAAUGGGGAUUUGGCAAGACCGUGGCGGAGUUUUCGUUCCGAUUUAAAAAAAACCAGAAGCUGCUGCUGCAAAAUCUUGGGCAGAUGUACCGUAUUGGAACUUUGCUUGCCAACUGCCACACAUGCAUUCAUGGAAGCCAGACUGGCAUGUUUUUUGGUGUCCGUGCACCUGACCUGCAUGAGUAUUUGCGUCCUAAAGGAGGAUAUAUGGCACGCUUUGCAGUGGUUGCAGUGUCCAUGGUGAAAUUCCAGCGUCCCACAAAAGUCCCUCCACCUUUUUGGGUUCAGUUUGUUAUAUUUCAAGAAACCAACACCGACGCGCUGUCAGCGCCAUCAGAAGCAGCUUCACCGGCACCACCUGCCAUAGAGGCAGCACCUGCGGACCUCGGCGCCGCACCGAUGGAGGAGCGAUCCAGAUCCCCCGAGGCCGAGCUUUGGAGUGCUCAGAAGACCCGGUUCCUCAUUUCAAACAAGUCUCCCGACGCUGAUGACGGCAUUGACAUGGAGCCAGAAUUGUCAACGGGCAAACCCUUGCCAAGCCCUGCAUCAGCUGCAGUUGUGUGCAACGCGGAACUUCGCAUCCUUGUUGUGAACCCCCGGUUCCCAGUGAGCAGUGUUUGCCUUGAAGGCCUCACCACGAGGGACAAAACCCUGGAGGCCACUAACCAAGAGGAUGAUGGGCCCUUCUCGGAUGGUGGAGCAGUGCUGGCUGCAGUCGCUGGCAGGGUGGAUGGCAUUGCCACCGGCUCACUGGGCAUGGCAGCCACUGGAAGCCAUUGUGGCGCUGUGCCCAACACCCCACUUCAACAAAGCUAUUCUUCGGCAGGUAUGAAACCCGCCUGCGUGCCUCCUUAA